GAGCAUGCGCUGCGUCCAUGGAGCAGCGCAUUUCAUUUCAAAUUUUCAACUAUUUCGUUGCAUGCGCUCUCACAAGUUGCUGCGAUCCGAAACCAAAGCUUGUCAAAUGAACGGAGAAUAGAAAUUGUGAUAGGUGAUUCAAAUCAUGGUGAAGAAAUCUACGGACGGAUUUAGAUAAAUAGAUUGUGAUCUUCUGGAUAUAUCGAUUAGGAAAACAAUGAUGGACUUUUAUCUCCUAUGUUUCACCAGCGUCUUGAUGUUCAGCAUUGUUCCUAGUGCAAGAACUGGACAUCAUGAGCUUCGUAGAGAAUUGGCCUCAGUCAAAGAGAUGGUAGCUGGAGUUGAAAGGAAACUGGAUGCAAUUCUCGAUUCAGAUUCAGGAAGAAAAUCGCAUAGAAUCGAAGCUACAUUAAAUUCUUUACUAAGUAAAGUCGUAGAAAUUAACCGAAAAAGUCAAUUACUAAGCGAAAUUCAUCAAGACAAUGAUGCCCGAAAGGAAAUUUUACAAAGGAUAUCUCGAAGCUUAGAAGAGAUUGGUCGCAAGCAAAUGACAUCAAUAGAAAAGAAAAACGAAGUCGAAAUAGAACGAUUAGACAAAUUAUCAGAAAACGUGCAAGCUUUGUUCCAAAUAUUUGGUGGAAUGAAUCGAAAAUUGGAUGAUUUACAAACCAGAAUAGAACGGAUGCCAAAUGCAUGCCCUACUAGUGAUUUGAAAUUUUUCAUAACAAAGAAAAUUGAUUCAUUGACUGCAUCGACAGCGUUGCUUUCGGAGUGUCUUGAGUGCGACAGGGAGUCAUUGAAAGACGUUUUGCACUCUUUCGUUCGACACCCCUUGGACAAUGUUGCCAAGAAAUGUAGUUCUAGUGAUCUUGAAAGGACUAUAGGACGAAUAUUGGAAUCUAAAUGGAAGGACAUGAUGGAUUCACUCCAGUCCGUUCUUCAUUUCAAACUGGAAGGAUUUAGCAGCAAACUUGAGGAUUCAAUCCAAAGCACCAACUGCGCCUAUGAAAAAACCACUAAAUUAAAUGCUCACGAUAUUGCUUAUUCUCAUGAUACCGCACAGGAACUUAAGGCAGCUGGUAAAGGGGAGGAUGGCAGUCCUCAACGUGAAACACCUGGGCGAAUUUUUCGAAAAUUGUGGAGGAGAAUGACAGAACCUAUAAAUAAAGUGGGAGAAAAAAUGGAAGCAUUGACUCAUUCUCUAGAGGUAACGCAUCAGAAGUAUCACAAUGAAACUUUAAAGAAGCUUCGAGAAUGGACAGGCAAAGGCAAAGGAGCCGAAUCAUGUACUGCUCAGAUCCAAGCAAUUCAUAAUUCAACUAAAGAAACUGCUCAAAGGCUAGGUCAUAUGGAAUCUCGACAACUGGCAGUUCAGAAUGUUUGUACUAAGAUUUUGAAUGAAGUAGAACGCGUGAGAACAACAUUGAGAGUAGGGAAUUCCGCUUUUGUACCUGGAGUAACAGAGGCCUAUCAUGAAGGACCGGGUGAAGGAUAUUUGGCAACAAGUUGUGCUGAUCUCCAAGCUCAAGGAACAACUAAGACGGGAAUAUACACAAUUAAGCCCAAAGAUGCUACAGAACCGUUUCUGGCUUAUUGUGAUCUCGAAACCGAGGGUGGAGGAUGGACGGUACUCCAAAGAAGAGGAGAUUUCGGUGACGAAUUCCGCCAAAAUUUCACUCAAAACUGGGAAAUGUACAAACGAGGAUUUGGCGAUCCCCAGCGGGAAUUUUGGAUUGGAAACGAAAAAAUUCAUAUAUUGUCUUCUCAAGACGAUGUAAAAUUGAGAGUAGAAUUGCAGGAUUUCGAUGACAAUACUGCUUAUGCCGAAUAUUCAAGGUUUAAAGUGGAAGAUGAAAGCAAACAAUACAGACUUUCUGUGGGAGGUUACCACGGAAAUGCUACGGAUUCUCUGAGCCUUCAUGAUGGGAAAAUGUUUUCCACUCAUGAUCGUGAUAAUGAUGAGGUUGCUUCAUGUUGCAAUUGUGCAGACACGUUCAAAGGUGGAUGGUGGUAUUAUAGAUGCUUCGAAGCUAACUUGAAUGGACCUUACCAUACAGAUCCGACUGAAAAUGGUUAUUUUCUGGGAAUUAUAUGGGAAAGAUGGAGGGGAGAUUAUUCUCUGAAAUCCUCAGAAAUGAAAAUUCGGCCUCUGUCGUUCGAAGACCAUGUCGAAGAUCCAUAAAAGGGGCCAAUGGCUACAAUGAAAUAUUCUAGUCUUCCAAGGCGCAAGAGUCAUUAUUUAUUGGCGCGAUACUGAACCAUCAGUUGCCCUCUAAGUCGAAUAAAUCCUUUGGAAUGUUUUCAGACAUAUGAAGAAGUAUAAAAGGGAAACCGCAGUUGUUUGCCUCUGAGUGUAUUGAACGAACGAAUUGCUGUUAGGAGUAGAUAACUUGGUGUUUAAAAUCGAUCACCAUUUCAGCAAAUGAUCAAUAGUAAAAUGUAUAGAGAAAUCAUUUUAUUUUCACUGAGUUAUAAGAAAUGUGAACAUAUAUAUAUAUAUAUAUAUAUAUAUAUAUAUAUAUA